AUGGCGAACCAAGCUCCUCUUCCGGAUCAUCUUACGAAUCCUUCGAACUCUUUAUAUCUUCAUGCAAAUGAGAAUCCAGCGCUGGUUCUUGUUACACCGCUUCUUAAUAACAAGAACUACCACACGUGGCUUCGGGCUAUGAAGAUGGCGCUCCGUUCCAAGAAUAAACUUACCUUUGUGGAUGGUACUUUCACCAUUCCAGCAACAACAUAUCCUACGUACCAGGCAUGGGAUCGUUGCAACACGAUGGUCUUAUCGUGGAUUCAUCACUCCAUUGAACCCUCCAUUGCCAAAUCCAUUCUUUGGAUCGAAAAGGCACAAGAUGCUUGGAAAGAUCUCCAAGAACGGUUCUCACAAACAGAUGUGUUUAGAAUUGCGGAUUUGCAAGAAGAAAUCCAGCGUCUUCAUCAAGGAGAAUCAUCAGUAGGUGAUUUCUUUACUCAACUUAAAACUCUCUGGGAUGAACUUGACAACUUACAGCCAUUGCCAAAUUGUGUCUGUAGUGCUUCGGACAAGUUGAAGAAAUGCCGAGAGCGUGAUCAAGUCAUCCGUUUCCUGAAAGGUCUUAAUGACCAGUACUCACAUGUUCGUUCGCAAAUAAUGCUGAUCGAACCUCUCCCUAUCAUGAACAAGGCUUUCUCGCUUGUUACACAACAAGAACGACAGAUGAACACUGAGUUAUUGACUGAAAAUAUAUCAAGUUCACGAGUCUAUGCAGCUGAGCAUCAGCGUGGAACUUAUGUGCCUGAUCAUCAACGUGGACGUGGUAAUUUCUAUAACAGAGGAAGGAAUGGCAGAGGACGUGGAACCAAAUUGUGCACUCAUUGUGGUCGCACCAAUCACACAGUGGAGACAUGUUAUGCCAAACAUGGAUAUCCACCAGGAUUCAAAGUCAGGGGAAGGACUGUAUCAGCCAACGCAGCCUUUCUUGACUUAAUUGAAGAUGCUGAUGGCACCAAGGAUACUGAUAAAGUUUCUAUCACUCAACAAGAAUAUCAAAAUUUUCUUGAUCUAAUGACUCAAAGCAAAACUGAUCAUGCAGGUGAUGCAAGUUCUCACACUGCAAAUUUUGCUCAAGUCCAGCAUGCUCAAGUUCAGCAUGGAUCUGCUUUCAAUGUGAAUUCUGGUAAGGUCCUCACUCAAUGGAUUCUUGAUACGGGGGCGACAGAUCAUAUAUGUUCAAUGUCCUCAUUAUUCUCUCAUUUUAACAAGAUUAUUGAUCCUAUUGCAAUCACACUACCUAACAAUCAGAAAGUGAUUGCCAAAUACUCUGGGACAGUGGUUUUAUCUGAAUUUUUACAACUCGAUAAUGUGCUUUACGUUCCUGAAUUUCAAGUGAAUUUAAUUUCAGUUGGGACACAAAGAGCCCAUUGUGGAGCCUAG